UGCGUGUGCGCAGCGUCGUCAGUCUAGCGCCGCCAGCGCCCCACAGCGGACCUACCAAUACCUGCACUUUCACAACGGUACAACCGCCAAUGAAAUGGCGUUCUAAAUACGAAAUAGUGCCAAAAAUAGUGAAGUGAUUUUUUUUCGAACAACAUUUUUUGUAUAUACACAUGAAUUUAUAGUGCUGUGAAUAUGCUGCAGCCCAGGUUAUAUUGUGAAAGCUUCAGGAUGCCUUUCAGGAGUUCGAUCUUGUUCGUCGCGUUAUUGUUAAGCUCCACUCUAGUAACAUGUCAAGAAAUAAAUCAAGAUGAACAAAUAGAAUCUUCCAGAAUAAAACGAGAAGGCGUCCCCGAAAACCGGGCAUUCAAUGCAAAUGGUAUAGUAUAUGACAAUACACCAUGGAGACCUGGAAGAGAGAUGGAAUUACCUGAAAAAGAGACGGAAGAAGAUGAAAGGAGACUAAAGAAUCUAGCUACAAGGAUCAUGUCUAAUGGUGUGGAAGUGUUGGUGAAAGAUAAAAAUGCUGAUGGAAAACCAGAUCAGACCAAAUAUAUGGAAGUGAAGACAAUACAACCUUCAGCUGUCACCAACAUGUUUAUGAGCAGUUAUCCAAAGAUCGACAAACGUAUCGACAGCGAAGAAGAUGAAAGCAACAGUUUUGAUGUCAUUCAACCUUCUGAAGUUAGUAACCCUCCUUGCACAAGUUCGUGUUCAUGCAGCAACACAAAAACGGAAGGAUUGCAGACAAAAUACAGCAACAUAGACUACUCUGCAACAUCCAGCCGAUAUGGAAUGAAAACUACUAAUUACGGUGCCACGAAAUUAGAUUUAAGGCCAACGAACAAAGAAGCUAUGGAUAAAAAAACCCAAUAUGGACCUUAUGAAUAUGAAAGUAACUCACAUUUAGCUCCUACUGAUAAAGUUGUCGAAAAAUACACUGAAGUAAUCAACGACUAUUCAGAUGAAAAAGAUUCAAAUUCAGUUGAAGAAAGUGAGUUGCUAACUAACGAACAAGCUCCUACCCCAACAAAAACUAACAAAGUAAGCACUAAGGUUCCCGAAAAGAAUAAACCGGAUAAAACGCAAAAACCGAAUAAAAAUAAGUUUGUUGUUGCUGAUCUGUUAAAAUUAGGAACUCUAGGAAUUAAAGGUUUAACCCAAUUAGCUCCUGUUAUUGAAAAGAUGACGGGAGGUUUCAUAAAACGACAAGAUACUGUCAAUAAAACUACAACCACAACUAUCAAACCCGCUGUUAAAUUAACAGCUUAUAAUGCAAAUAAGAGAGUAGACAGUGAAUUAGAGGCUAAACAAAGUAACUUUCCUAUUUACAUUCCAGUAGAUGAACUUGAAACUUCUGAAUCUCAACUGGUUUUCACUAAUGCUACAUUGCAUCAGAAUUUGGCGUGGGCAGCGGAACACAAGCAGCCUAAAGCCCAUAUCGUCCCACCUAAAAUAGUUCACGAAAGUCCACUUGUUAAUGGCGGAAUACCCAUUAGUCCUGGCGAAAUAAUAACGGCCAAUUCAGAUGUCAUUGUUGGUAAGCCAGCCGUGGGUGGACCUUUAACCUUGGCCGCAAGUGGAAUAAAAUUACAAAACUCGGUCAACCCGCCUCCUAUUGACAGCUUUAUAGCAGCUAAUGAACAAUACUUUGUUAAUGAAAAGCCCCUUGGUGAUCAACCUCAGAGUGAUGAUUCUUAUGAUCUGAGGCCACCAGAACCACCAAAGCAGAAACCUAAGCCAAACAGGCCAAGACCAAUGCAAUCGUUUAAUGUUCAAAACAACGCUCCCAAUGACCAGUACCCGUAUCGCAUGCCUGCAAGCAUACAUGACCAUUUAAUGAAGACUGAGCAAAUUAAAAAUACUGGAACUGUUUUAGGCAAUCAUGGCCGACCAGCAUUCUUAGAUUACAUUCCUUCAUUAGGUAAACCGACAAAUCCUCCAAAACAUCAACAUAAUAACGACUACAAGCCUGUUAAUGAAGCUAACGCAGAUGACGUACCGGAUAACAGUCCAAGUUCCUCAGAAGUUGUGAACACACAAAUAAGAACUGAGGAUGGUUAUAUGGUGUCAGGUAACACUGAAUCAAAUAAACCCUUCUUAGUUGACAUUCAACCUUCAAGGGUUGCAAAUGUCUUGAUUCCACAUGGCAGCUCCACCGCUCUGGUAUUCGCUGGAUCUUCGGAACCUCAUAAAACUGGAGAUUACAUCGAUGAUCCGCUACCAUAUCCUGAACCAGGUUACUUCGGCAGCUUCAGCAUUGAUGCGCCUCAGAUGACUAACGUACAUAAUGUAGCACCUAAUAGCAAUAAACAAUAUGCUGGAAAACCUAACCUUCAUCCUAUUUCAGAAAAUUACAAACCCAAUCUGCCACCUUAUAAGGAUCAAUCGCACAGAAAUGACCUUAAAAUAAAAUGGAAGGAUAACAAGCGCCCAAUUGAUUUCAAUAAACUUCCGCCCCCAACUAGUAAUCAAGAAACUCAUGUCCAAGUUGGUCCUCAGAUAACGGUUUAUGACCCUAACGUAUACAACCCUUCGAAUGGUGACUUUGAUAAAUAUAAUCAAGUCAAGAAUAAAGAUAAACAGAAGGACGGAAAAGAUGUAAUUGACAAAGAGUACGAGAAUUUCUUGGCUGUACCUCCACCACCACAGAAGACACCGCAAAAGCAAUUUUACGGUCAAGACAUCUAUGAUAAGAGUAAGCCGUACAGUCAAAGGCCUAUUGUUCAUACCAAACCAGUGCAGGAUAUGAAAGUGUUUCUGAAUAUUCAGCACCCCGUGCCUGAACAGUUGCCGCCUAAAGUGACAUCUGAAAUAUACUUCGCAGCCCAAAUACCGAACAGCAAGCCUACUCCUACAUACACAAUUCGUAUUCCACCAGCAUCACCCAGUUAUAACAACUUUGUUUCUCCUACGAACAAUAUGCAGCCUCCUAAAGUAAAUACUGUUGGUCCAACACACAAUUCUUUCUCUGUUGUAACUUCUCCGAAUAUGGUCAACAAAUCAGUCACACAACAAGUAAAUGAAAAUAAAGAUAAUACAUACACCGUGACUUUGAAUACAGCUACUAACGUGGCUAGUAACAAUGAAGCCGGACAAGUAAUUGGAUCCAGUGUUGCCGUGCCAAUUGGAACCUCUACACAUGUAAACCAACUCAAUACAGAUAUACCUAUUGGUACAAACUUUGCUAUUAGAGUGGAAGAUAAUUCUACUCCCUUAGAAACAUAUAAUUUACAAGGCGACAGUCAUCCCGUAUUUAGUGACAAUGGUCGAGUACCACAAGUAUCCGUUGGAGACAACAGAUGGAAUAAGAGUUCAACUGAUAUAGCGGAGUCUACGAUAAGCUUUGAAAUCAGGAAUCAAAACCAGAAUUAUGGGGACAAAAUCUCACGAAACCCUAUAGGUCCAUCGAUACCACCUUCUCUAAACAGUCAUGCCAAUUUCCCCAUGAUGAAUGACUACUCAACACCGUCAACUGAAACCGACAAUGUGAAGCCAGUGACUGAAUACCCAGACAACAACAAAUCUGGAGAUCUUAAAAGACCAGCAAAGUUGAUACCAAAUAUUCCCACUAACUCUCAUGGUUGGUAUUCAAGUGUUUUACAAGAAAACAAUAUCAAUAAUAUCAAAGUAGAAGUUACUACCCGCAAGAUCAUACCCUUGAUUCAUGAUUAUAACGACAAAAAUAAUGCGCCUGAUUUUGGACAGAAAAUAACUAGCGUUGGAAAGCCACCCACCGAGUUCUGGACACAGAAUGCACGUCCAGUUUCAGGAUUUAAUAUUGGCAAACCAUUCACAAAACCUCAAUCAACAGAAAAGCCAUUCUCUACUAACCCACCGUUUACAACUAAGCCUUUUAAUAUUAACUUCAUUCCUUCCAAUUUCGGAGGUAUGGGACAGCCAGCUUAUGACAUUCCAAUUCGUGAUAAUAGCGAUGAAACCACCACGUCUAAAUCUAAACUGACAACAGAAAGAGUAAAACCAGUGUAUGAGAAUUCUGAAGAAAUAUACGAUGGCGAAGAAGAACCAGAAACCCCUGGUGAAAUGGAUGGAGAAGUAAGUUCAGAAUCUAUGAAAAUUCCUGUAGUCAGUUCAUCAAGUGAUAAUUCGAAAACAUCAACUGAAUUAACUCUUCUACAAGAUGAAGUAUUUAAACCACCGAAGAACGUCCAGAAAGAGGAAAGCAAUAAGGUUUUAGUUAACUUUAAUCCUGGCACACAAACGGAGAAGCCAUUUAGUUCUUAUAACCAAACUGGCUUCCAAUCAAACACAAUGAAACCAAUUUAUGAGCAGAAUUCACACAAUAAACCAAGACCUUUUACCAUUAACACUGCUGUUGUUCUUGACCAUCAAUUACAGCAACCGCACUGGCAAAUCAAUCAUAUGAUGGAAAAUGCCACUAACGUAUCAUAUGAAGAUAAUUUAGACUUAAAUAUGGGAGAAGAAAUGAGUAAACCAGCUACUUUCAAACCUACUCCAUUCUCAAAGCCUGCGUAUGUGACAGUGCCAGAUGUUAAUUAUAAACGGCCACCUAGACCAGUAUUUGCUAAUAGAUUCAAUAAUACACACGUGCAUAAUGAAUCAAUUAUAACGUCAACUGUUCAUAUUCAAGACAAAAAACCCUUGAUUGUUGAAAAAGCGACAGAGAAAACCACUCUGCCAACGUUUACUUUAUCCAACUUAGAGCUGAAUCGUUCUUCAAGCGAGAUCAUUGACUUAUCUCCACCACCUCCAACUAUGGAUUAUAACUUUAAGCCUUCUACAAAUGAUGAGAUGAUAAUGGGAAUGAGUCCUCCUCCGCCGAGAACACCUCCAGGUAUCAGACUGCCAACGAGAGUACCUUUGACGCCUCGUCCAAUUCCGAUUAGAACCCCACCACCAUAUAGGACGAAAGCACCAAGGCCUAUCCCACCAAGAGUAACUACUCAAAGACCUGUCAGAAAACCAGUCAAUAGAGAUGAAGUAUCGACUUAUAGACCUGCUUACGAUAUCUUGAACAAUAUAAGGCGACCUACUUACAACCGUGAUCAACCUUCAUCGCAGUUGCUUCCACCUCCAAGAGAUAUCCCGUCAAGAGUCGUUACUCCUAUUGAAUUACCACAACCUACUGUUAGUAUUCCGGAAGUACCUAAUGUAGUCUUCCCAACACCAAUAUCAUCAGGCUGGUUGACAUCAUCCGGCAUUGAUUUCUCAUCAAGCUUCAAUUUCAACCCCACAUCAAUACAAUUCCCCGAAACAAAAGAACCGUCAAGAGCACCAGAUUCCUCGGAAAUAUCUUCUUCAGAAAAUUCAUAUUCUUACGAAACCGAAACUUCUUCAGAACGUCAAGAUGAAACUAGCUAUGAGAAACCAGUUACUGAAGAUGAAGCGGUUUCAUCUAAAGAAUCUAGCACUGAGUCAACUUCAACUACAACCACUACUACCAAAGUAACACCGGUAACUGAAAACAAUGAUUCCUCGCCAGAAACAAGUCAAGAAGAAGUAACUACAGACAAAAUGAAGGUUAUCCCUCUUGGUAACAAGAAUAGAACUCGUAAACCAUACCCGGUACGAAUUGAUGAGAAGAAAACUACCACUAGCAAGUACUCGUACAAGUUGCCUACUAAGCCUACACCGAUUGUCAUAAAACCAACCAGAACAUUAACCCGCCCUGAGAUAUUGUACCCUACAAGACAUACUUCGAUAAGAAAGAUAGUACGACCAAUUACGCGAGUUCCUCCAAUUGUCCCGUCAAGUAUUAUUGAAAGUUCUGAAUCAUCAAUCGAUGAAGAUUUAAUAAGACCAACGGAAGUUAUGAAAGAAAGUACUUAUAUUGUGCCUACCAUAUCUGAACUAGAAGUCACAAGCUUGGUGCAACAAGAAUCAUCCAGCAUUCCAGUAAGUGUCCCAUCUAGUAUACCAACUCCGAGCAUAGAUGAGGUAAUAACUAUCAAACCUACUCACCACGCUGGCAAUGAAGUUAAAAUAUCAGAUGAAGUUAUACCAACUAAAACCGAAUUCAGAACCACUGUAGUAACUCUUACUAAGACAUUGUCAGAACCACCUCGAACAGUAUCAAGUAUUGGUUACGUGAACUUAACUCAUACAUUGACAGUCACACACACUAAGACUAGUCUAGUCAGCCAAUCAGAGGGAGCUGUGACACAGACAUUGAUAUUAACGAAUACACAAACAUCUACAAUUGUGGAUGUGGUGACAGAAGUUCAUACGCAGGUGCAGCCAACGACAAUAAUAGAAACUGUCACUAAACACAUACCAAUACCACAAGUACAGCCAACACCAGUGCAAGAAAUUGUAUCAAAGACCAAAGUAUCACUUGACGAUAUAACUAUGUCAUCUGAAGAAAAUGACAAUCUUAUCAUAAGAGAUACUGAUACAACCGACAAUAUUAUCCAGAAGAUUGAAAAUGAGAAUGAACCUGAGAAUGACAAUGAUACUUUCUUCGUGGUGAUGAAUAAAUCUCAGAACGGUGGUCAAGCGCCUCCUGUUAACACUGACAUAGAGACAGGUGACUACGAUGUUACGAGAAAUGAGCAAGUAAAUAACAAUGGAGUAUCACAAGUUCUGUUUGGAGAGAUAUUGUUAGCAGGCACUCCAUAUUUGGAGACUACAAAUGUAAAUCCAAAUGGUGUAGCAUAUGGAAAGGAAUGCCAACCGGAUUGCAAAGCUUCCAGAAACGAGCGUUGCCAGAGGAUAGAUGGAAUCAUGAAAUGUGUUUGCAGACCUGGCUUUGCUCGGAUGUUCCCUGACAGACCUUGUAAACCAACCUAUACUUACUCAGUCAAGCUGGCUCUGGGCUCCAAGGGCAAUGAGCGUCUGGAAUUCCACCAGAAUCUGUCAGAUAAUGCUACUAAGGAGUACCAGGAGUUGGCAGUGGCUACUCAUGAAGGUAUCAACAGGAUGAUCAUGCAGUCAGACCUGAGAGAUGUGUACCAUGGAGUACAUAUCACUGGUUUCCAUCCAGUGGAAUUGAAGAGUACAGGAGGAGACCUGUAUCAGGGUGUCAUGAAUGAUUUCUAUGUGCAGCUCUCAGACAACGCUCACGAGAGCCGGCUCAAGGAGGUUAUAGAGAAAUACUUGAGGAACAAUAACUACAGCCUGGGAGGAACAGAGGUGCACGCAGCCAGUGAGCUCAUGGACCGGUUGGAUGUCAGCGAUUUCGACGAGUGUGUGAGCGGUCAGUUCCACGAUUGUUCCGAGCAUGCGCAGUGCUUCAAUCUUCGCGGCACCUAUACUUGCAGCUGUCUUGAAGGCUUUGCUGACCUCAGUGUCAACGCCCUGUAUCCUGGCAGGAUCUGUUCUGCUGAGCCUGUUGGUUGUGAGAGAUGCAACUACCACGGAGCGUGUUACUCUCGAGACGACAGGCGAGUGCUGUGUGAAUGCUUCCAAUGGUACGCCGGCAGCUCCUGCCAGAUCAAUCUUAAAGUGGUACUAAUAUCUCUGGUGGUGUGUGGCGCGCUUCUGACGGUCGUGCUAGCGGUAUGCGCGGUGCUGGCGUGCUCGCGGCGCGCGCGCCGGGAGCGCCCGCAGCGCUCCAUCGUCGCCUGCAUACAGAGCAUGCCUAGCUUGCAUCAGGGUGCUAUGCCAAAGCAGAGAGCUGACAGGAGAGCUCUCAUCAGCGAACGAGGGGAGUCGGGUGACAAUUCUAGUAUACAGAAUGCGUCGCUGCCUUAUAUACCUGCUAAAAGGCCAUCAACAAGCAAGAAGAACGUGAUGUCAGACCCCCCCGCGCACGAUCCUCCCCCGCCCCCCGCGCCUGCCGUCAUGAUACCCAGGGCGAGGCUGCAUCCACAUCAUGGAGACAGCCGUGAAAACAUUGCCAGGAAGAGAAGUUUAGAGUUGAGUAAUGAAGCCAAACUCAUCAGCUACCUGGAAUCUGGAGCAACGAACACCAAUGAUGAGAUGAGGAGGAAGCACAGUUUGGAAUCUUCGUACAGCGCGAAUAAAGAUAGACAUAACAAACAAGGAGCGUUAGUAUCAGCAGGUUUCAAGGUAUCAACUACCAUCAGACCUGAUGAGGCUGCCAUGAAAGAAGACAGGGACGACAUGUCCUCAGUCACUAAGGGAGACCUGGAGGCAGAGCUAGCGAGAUUUGAUACGCUUAGGAAGUCUUACAGCCAAGAAGAGUUAUCAGAAUGGACUGAUGCUGAAAGAAGACUGGGUGAAUUGACUUUAUCAGAGGCCAGAUCAGUAGGUGGAACUUUACCAGCUAGCACGGGUAGGGCGGCUUCUUCCACGCGUCUUACACAUCAGGAGCACACGAUGGCUGAGCGCGACCUGGGCUCCACGUUCCUGCUGCCGCACGUGCACCUGUACAAACCUGACCUAACUAGUGACGUGUCAGAAUUCGACUCCCUGUGAACAUCUGGAUCCAGUCAUAUUAUUUUAACGAGAAUUACUUUGUGCUAACAGCAUUAAAUAGUCUACCCUUUUCAUGAGCAAACGAUUUUCGACCAUAAUACCUACUAUUAAAAAUGAUGCAAAUUUUUUAUUGAUCGAAAAUUUAAUAUACUUUUCGUAUUAUUUCUUCAAUUGAUGAAAUAAAAGAAUUUGCUAAAUAGAUCGCUAUAAGGAGGGCGACAAAAUAUCCAUGAGGCAUAUAUUUUUUACCACCAAAGUAAAGACUUAUCUAAUUUAUUUUAACUUAUUUAUUCUAUUUAAAUAAUUGUUGAAUUGCUUAUAUUUCAAUUUCUAUAAUUGUUAUUUCACCUGUAUCCAACGAAACUAAAUGAAAUUAUUUAAAAAAUGCCAUAGUAAAUAUAAGCAUUUUUAGUUUGUAAGGAGUGAAAAUAAUUUGAAUGAGAAAUCAAGUAAUAUUCGUAGACUUAAUUAUGUAGGAAAAAGCGAUUUCUUAUUUGAAGAAUUUUCACUUGUUGGAAGAAAUUGUGUUGUAUAUUUGUCGUUUUAGAAAAUAACUCCAUGUUUUCUUAAUAGAUUUUAUCAAUGGUAGGUAUAUUGUACCAGAUGCGAUGUUUGAAGCCUAUAUCUAUGUAUUUAUCAAAGUUUUGAUUAAAACACGAUGUUACAUUAAUAAAGAGUAGCCUGAUAUUAUGAUACGCGUAUAAGAUGCGUUACUGCCAAGUUUCAUCAAAAUUCAUUCAGUAGUUUUGCGUAAAAGAGGAACAAAUAUCCAAAAUUUCGUGUUUAUGUUAGAGCAAAGAAAGCAUGGCAAUUAUUAAAAAAAGAUUAAUUUGUAUAAAACUAAUGUGGAUACUCAUAUCACACUGUAGUUAAUGGUUUGUAUCUUUUUGUUUAGGUUUUUUUAUAUUUUUGUUAAUAAACUAUAGUUAUAAAAA